AACAAAAACAAGUUGGGUAGUUCAGCUCGUUCAGACGGGCCACAGAGGUGUCCAGGUUUCAAAUGGUGCUCGUGCCAUCCGAAUACCAGGUGCGCGUAUCAUCUACUUACUGCACAUUGCUCAUACAGACACAAGCAUUAACUAUUUUAAAUUGAUCGUGGGAGAAUGUUUUCCUCUUGACCGUUCACAUUAUAUAUCUGCUGUCUCUGUACACACUGCGAUGCCGCUGGAUCUUCAGUCCUGCUUGGUGUGCGGAAGAAUCUCUCAAACAUCUCCUUGCGUUUCAUUGGUCAAACCAUACGGCUUGUGGUUUUAACGGGUUAGGUCUCACUACGGGGCAGUUGCUAUGUUUUUAUAUUUUUCCGAUGAGUCGUAUCAAGUUGAAUCAAGAAAAAGACAACCUUUAAUCUUAGUGCUUUGUGAGGUAUGAUAUUGUGACAAAGAUGAUAUUUUACAUUUUGUUAUUUAAAAAAUUGGUUAAAGAUGAAACUGGUCAAGACUAACUACUAAAUUUCAUUCAUUUUUUUUUUUGUUGGGGUGUUCAUUCAAUUAUUCGUUGUUCACAAUAAGCUGUUUCAAUAAUUGCACCAGCUCUGCUAGAUAGCUCCUCUCAACCUGACAAGCCGUCUGCGGAAGCAUCCACAUCCCCAGCGCCGCCAGCAAAACCUCAGGGAGAAACUCAGCCGCGUACCGGCGUGCCGGCGCGCCUGACCGGACGACAUUUCCUGGCCAUGAGGGAGACCAACUCGGACUGCAAGGUCUGCUCGCAACACAAGAGGAAGAGAGUGGAGGAAGAGAAGCAGGAGGAGAAGAAGAAGAAGAAGAAGAAAAGAAAAGAGGAGGAGGAAGAGGAGGAGGAGGAGAAGGAGGAUGAGGAGCCAGGGAGGAAAACAGAAGAAGAGUCGGAGGAGGCAAAGGGGGUGAACUCAUGUGACGCGAAGGACGGGGAGAGCAAAGAGGGGGAGCACUCGGAAGCAAAGCAUUGUGAGCAGAAGAGUGGGACAGUGAGGAGGCAGACGUCGUAUUACUGUAAGACGUGUUCAGGAGAGCCCAGCCUCUGUCCUGUGCCCUGUUUUGAACUCUACCACACCAGACUGAUCUACAAAUCAGCCCCUGAACCGGAAGCACAAGCCUCCUGACCUACUGACAUGAGACGUUGUCUUCUCCCCAGACUCCGGACAAAGCUUAAACUACGGGAUUAACCGUCUGUGUUCACAACCAACACGGCUUUAGUGUCCUCGACCGCCGGUUUUUGUGGUCGUCUUGUUUUAGUUUAACCCGAUACCUUAUUGACGGUAAACGCAGAAUACCUGAUCGUUGUCACGACGCACCUAAAGGGUGGCAGUAUUUACACAGAACGGGUCUUCAAGGCCCUCUCGUCUUCCUUCGAAAGGUUUUUAUUUUGUGAGACGGUGUUGCAGGUAGUCGGCAGCUGAUGGACUAAUGAUCCAGACAAGAUUAAGAUACUUCCUUAAGUGCUUUUCUGACCUACAACAGGGUGCUGUAACAGGCAAGCAAAAAUACCUCAUUUAUUACCCUGCAUGUCAUUAAAGCUGAGCAUUUGUCAAGUGUCCUACAACUUGUGAAUGUGAUGUUUCGUUCACUUAUUCAUUUGAUUUGAGUCUGUAAUGUUCAUUUUCCGGUGCCGUCACUUUUAUUUAUGAUGCUUUCUCACACACAAGUAUGUUUAUCCCGCCAUCACAUCGCUAACCAUAACAGUCGUAGCCUGAUGGUUACAUUUAUUAAGGUCACUUGUGCCUACCUGCUCGCCCAGAUGCAGCUCAUGAAGAGAAGGAAAAAAAACAUAAACGUUGGACACAAAGGGGGUCACAUUGUUAAACCAACUUCUGAUGUGUUUUUGAAAAUGGCUCUUAAGCAUAUGCAAUUUACAGCGGGGCAAAACCCAUUUAUGUUCAAAUCCAAACUGAAAAUGUGCCCAACAAGAAACUGCAGGUUCGUGGAGUUUUAUCCAGGCAACUGUGCUGCUAAACGUGCUUCUACUUUUGAACGAAACACUCACGAGUAGAAUCAGUAUUAAUAAUAAUAAUUUGUGUUACUGUAAGUUCUUGUAAAACUGGCUCUUUUUAAAUUGUUUUAAUUUAUAAAAUAAUGUAUGGGAUCUUCACCCCCCAUAUAGAUGAACAAAGUAAUUUAAUUUACUAGAUUGACUUGAUUAGCUGGAAUUAAGGCUGCUGGUUGGAUAAGGACAUGCAGCAGUUGGUCUGUAAUGCAGAGGGGCGGCCAGACCCGUGCUGCCAUGGUGACCACAGGAGGAGUUCACCAAACUGGGAAAUAGAGUAACAGCCACCACCUGUAACUUGAGAUGCAGGUACACGUGAGGCGGAAAUCACUCGAAGUUUCCUUGAAGUAUCUGAAUGAAGAAAACAGCCUUCAAUUGAUGUUCAGUUCCCUUAUUUGUCCUGUAAAGCUACAUUUUAAUGUUUCUUAUGAAUGUGAUUUAUAAGUUAAAUCCCUUGCUGUACCUCACUAGUCCAAAGCUGACUUCAAGUCAUUGACUUGAUUCCAGCCCCGUGGUGCGUCUGAUGUGAGUUUUACUUCUUUUACACUUGUCUGUUUUAGGCGUUUGUAACUUCUCCACUGUUACUGCAUGUUUUUUUGUUUUUUUUCGUUUCUCUUCUUUUUUUUUUAUGAUGACACUGACAUGGAUCGGAUUGAAAAAUCAUGUUGCAUUGAUGCCUCUUUUUUAAAAUAAAUGGGUCAAUACAUUAAA